AUGGUGGGGAGGGACCUCAACCAGCUCAUAAACAGUGCUGAGGUCGCUCGCGAAACCACUCUGGCCUCCGAGAAUGUGCAGAGCAUGUUGGCCAGCUACACCACCACCACCAUCGGGCCCAUGCUGGUGUGCCAGGAGUUCUUGCCUUUGCUCCGACGGGCCGCUUGCAGGGGCAUGCUCAGUGGGCUGAGAGGCGACAAAGCCGCCGUCGUCAACGUGUCCAGCAGCUGCGGCUCCCUCUCGUUGGUUGAGGGCUGGGAAUGGAAGCAGGACGUUGGCUACCGCUGCAGCAAGGCUGCUCUGAACAUGCUCACUCAGUGCCAGGCCCUGACGUAUCGCCUUUGGGGAAUCCUGUGCAUUGCCAUCCAUCCUGGGGGUGCAGCAUCCCAAGUGGGAGCAGAGCAGGUAGGCAGCGAAAUACCGACCAUGGAGUGCAGGAUAAGAGGAAUCCUGGAUGUGCUCGCCAAGCUUUCUGCCGCUGACAAUGGAACCUUCUUAGACUGGAAAGGGGACGUGGUCCCUUGGUGA